AUGUUCUACAGCCAUGAAAUCCUCACCUCGCCAGAGCAUGGUGUCGCGACAAUAUGGCUAGUCGCAACUCUGGGAUCCCGCUCUAUUGCUAGAAGACUGAACCGAAAAGCGAUCCUGGAUGUGGAUGUACCCAACGCAUGCCGAGUUAUCAUCAAUCCAGACGCACCCAUGGCCCUUCGACUACAGGGGAGCUUGCUGUACGGAGUCUCUCGAGUGUACAAUCAACAGUGCGGGUACACACUGCUUGACACACAGGCGAUGCAUGACAAGAUGGUCUCCAAGUUGAAGAUCAUUCUGGGGAGUGGGCUUGAUCCAGCUGCCGGACAGACCAGGCCCAGCAAUCUGAUCCUACCUUACGACCCGUCUUUCCUACCCGAGACAGCUCUUCCGGGACUUGAAAUUGACCUAUCCUAUUUCACUACCCCCACGGACGAUAGCUCGAGCCAGCUCAGUGGUAUCUGGACCAAAUCGCCCAAUAAUAGCUUGUCUGGCACUUCGCAGCUUUCAAGCCUGCACCUUGAGCUCCCAUCAGAUGAUAUCUUAGGGGAUGGUACUAUCCUUGGGCUUGAUGAGAUAAAUGGGUCUGUGCAGAAGAAAGACACAUUCGGCAACAUGAUGGGGCUAGGCCUAGGCAAUGAAGAGGGUGUUCUCCUUCAACCUGACUUUGAAUUUGACGAGGAUGGCAAUAUCAUCGAGCUCGGUACCAAAGGGCAGUCCCCUCGUGCAAGGAAGUCCACUGUUGGCCCGAGGGAAAGCGAAGGACCGACAGACGACCAACAACGCCAGCUCUCCGAAGACCCUAUGCAGAUUGACAACGAGAAGGAUAGAGUGGCCAAGACUGGCCACAUGAUAGAGCUCGACAUCCAGACUGCAGGUACGACAAUUCCCCAGACAAAUGAAGGCCUGGAUGGGGUUCAAGACACAAUCGAGAUCCAAGCAGCGAGGAUCCGCCAAGUCAGGCGGCCAAAGGAAAUCAUCUCCGACGAUACCACGACGCUUCGAAAUAUAACAAUGGCUCAAUGGAACAAUGAAUACGUUGCGAACAUGAUCGGAGCACUGAAGCAGAAGCAGCAAAACAAGAUUCCAACCAUUUCGAAGAAAAACGCUGCUUUCUGGGUUUUCGGUCAAGGAAUCGGCUCCGUUGGAGUCGGAGUCGGAAUGGACCGUGAACUGCACCCGCUCAACCUCUACUCAGGCGAGAAUCUGUUUGAAGCCGUUGGUGGAUACCCUCAGCGAAACGACCGCAAACGCAGUGCAGAUGACAAUGGAAGAUCAGAGGGACGUCGAGUACGCGCUAAAGACGAACAAGCAGAGCACCUCAGCCGUGAGAACAUCGACCGCCUCAACAUGGAAGUUGAAGUCGGUCGUGAUGCCCCUUCGAGUCUGUUUGACGACCACUCAUCCCAGAUGCCAUGGAACAUCACCGCUUCUAUUCAAAGCUCUCGACAAAGACAUCGAUUCGGCAGUGUCAGCGAGCUGUCUUCUCAAGGACGUAAAGCCAAAAGUCGUCUCACGAGUGCCAGUCCCCUUGCCCGGCGUAGUUAUCUCGGUGGACAAGACAGACUUAGCGUCGAGCUCCUGGGCGAGUUUGGAGACGACCUAGAUCUCACCCGUUAUCUUGAAGGCGAGCUUGCGACAGACCGCAAGAAUAUCAGCUCAAUCUCGCCAAGCAAGCGCUCUGCUUUUGAGCGCGCUAAGCCAACUCUUGAUCAGGAAAGCUUGAAUUUCAUAGAAUUUAUGCAUAGCAAGAUGGGUACUGCUAAUGAUGGCGAAGUAGGAAAUGCACAAAGCCCAAACAGCAACACGUCUAGCCCGGUCCCGACCAGACUCAGUCAGACCACGUUCGCGAGUCUUCUUCCUCCUGGGGGUACGACUCGAGCUGUUGCGACUCAGGCUUUGAUGAAUGUUCUCACGCUCGCUACAAAGGGUGUGCUGCAUGUCCACCAGGGCGAGUACAUUGACGAAAGUACCGAGUGGGCAGUCCACUAUCGCUAUGGCGAGAUUUUCCUGCGACUAUGCGGAAUGUGA